AUGACUGUUGUGAAUGACAAAAUGGCCGUCCAAGGGGCAGAUAAGCUGCAAUUUGAGCUUCUUGACAAGUCUUUGAACUGUCCACUUGAUGAUCAAAGAAACUGGUGGCAGAGGACUGGGCCUUUACUGGCCAGCUUGAUGACUUCGGCGGGCUAUACCAAUGAAUCCCAACGUCAGCAUCUGAUGCUCUUUUACACAUCUGUUGUCCCGUAUCUAGGACCAUACCCUCAGAAGUUUCCCAGCGCAAUGACCCACAAUGAACUCCCCCUGGAACUCAGCAUCAACUUUCAACAGUCAGGUGGUGCGAGACCAGUUAUUCGAGUUGCGGUAGAGCCUGUCACCUCCAUCUCUGGAACUAAGGAAGAUCCAUACAAUAUGAGCCCUAUCCGUGACAUGCUUUCGCAUUUGGAGAAGCUCAAUAUUGAAGGAUAUGAUCCCCGUCUGUUCGAGCACUUUUAUCCUAAGCACACCUUGGAUAGAAGUGAAAGCCAAAAGCUCCAGCAGAGAAAUGAGUCCAUUCGUGAACUUUCCCAGGUGGCUUUUGGUUUCGAUCUUAAACCCGAUAGGAUCUCUGUCAAGGGAUACACUUUUCCAGGCUUGAAGUGCCAUUUGACAGGCGAAGAUAUGUGCUCUGUUGUCACUGAAUCCAUCCAAGAAUAUCUUGGAGAUGCCGACUGCUACAAUACAGUCGGCUUGAUGAAAGAGUAUAUUGAAACGACCGAGGCGAGAGCAAACUUCGGGUUCGUCUACUCGCAUGACUGCGUAACUCCCGAAAAAUCCCGCCACAAGGUAUACGGCCGUACCAAAGAUAUGUCUUGGGACAAGGUUAAGGAGAUUUGGGAUUUCGGCGGGCGAAUUGAUUCACCAGAGUCAAACAAAGGUCUUGGUCAUCUUCAACGAUUGUGGGAAGUGUUGGAGAUUGGCCACGGUCCCCAUCCCCUUGGCCUUCAUUUGGUGUGGAACUAUGAAACAAAGGCCGGUAUGAAGGUCCCAGCUACCAAGAUUUACUUCCCUGUUUAUGGUCUCAAUGACCAGAAAAAUGCGCGUGCUAUCGCCCAGUAUCUCAAGGAAAUCGGACUUUAUAUUCACGGGAAUGCAUAUGAGCAAACUGUGCAAGACUUGUUCCCGGGGCUUGAUAUACAACAAACAGAUCGCCUACUGUGCUGGGUAUCGUUCGCCUAUACGGAGAAGACGGGUGUGUAUCUAAGCGUAUACUAUCACUCUUCACUGGAGUACCCCUCCUCGGCUUGA